GUCAAACCACAACCUAAUUGGUACCAACCAUGGGCGUCGCAGGCCUCUGGCCACUGCUCGACUCAUCGUCAAAGACAGUAUCCCUUGCUGCCCUAUCUCUCACAGAAUUCUCCAAUCCUCAUCGCGGUUACCGCCUGGGCAUCGACGCGUCCAUCUGGUUUUUCCAUGCCGACUAUGGAAAAGAGGGAGAGAAUCCCCAGCUACGCACUCUAUUUUUUCGCUGCGCUACCUUACUCAAGUACCCCAUACUACCACUAUUCAUCUUCGAUGGUCCCAAAAGACCAGAUUGGAAGAGGGGAAAGAAGAUCAACAAGAUGGCCAACAAGCUGACGACAGGUAUGAAGGCUAUCAUUGAGGCGUUUGGCUUCGAGUGGCGGACAGCACCGGGAGAGGCAGAGGCAGAGUUGGCGUAUCUCAAUGCAACACGUGUCAUCGACGGCGUUCUCAGUGACGAUGUUGAUACCUUUGUCUUUGGCGCACACACCGUUGUACGCAAUCCAUCGUCUACUCAUUCCAGCGACGAGAAACGAACACAUGUCCGCAUCUGCACAGAUAUAGAGCCUAGUCGUGCUGACCUUAUCCUCAUUGCGUUGUGCUCUGGAGGCGACUACUGCGAAGCCGGUCUCCCAAGCUGUGGCAUCAAGACAGCCUACGCCCUUGCCCGUGCUGGCCUUGCUACAUCUCUGUACGAAGCAGCCACUACCUUCCCCCGUUCUGAACUUUCUGAAUUUCUUGUCAUUUGGCGGAAGGAGCUUAUUGAAGAACUUCGCACCGACUUACACCGGUGUAUAGGUCGCAAGAUGGGUGCAUUAGCCAAGUCGGUCCCAGACUCAUUCCCCAACAUCGAUAUUCUACUCGCAUAUACCCACCCCAUCACUUCUCGUUCCGAGGGUAAGCCCGAUUACUACGCGGAUAUCUCUUGGACGCGCAAAGAACCACAGAUACCUGCCCUAGCUGGCCUUUGCGAAUUCUACUUCGAGUGGGGGUUCAAAGAAUUGAUCAUCAAGCGAUUCAGAACACUCAUAUGGCCGGGUAUCGCGCUCCGCGCCUUACGACGAUAUAUCCUUGACGAUGACCCCGAAAAGGUGUUCACGCUGUUCAGUGGGGAUCAGCCAGUCCCGGAGGAUGGGUGGAUGAAGAAAAUCCACUCGAAGAGGGAGCAUCAUUCGACCGAUAAAACGCCCGAGUAUCGCGUUGAAGUCGAUCCCACGGCGCUUGUGGUGUUGGCAGAGGCAGGUGUGAAGGGUAUCCGACGCCCCGAUGAUGAAGAGUGGGAAGUCAGCGACGACGAGCAGGAUGACGAAGAUGGAAAGAAAAAAGUCCCUGUGGACCCUUGCGAGCCUCUUCGGCUGUGGUUGCCCUCGGUGCUUGUACGGCAGGCAAGACCGGAGCUGGUUGAAGCCUAUGAGGAGGUGCUAAGAAAGAAGCGAGAGAAGAAGGCACCAAAGGGGAGAAAGAAGAAGGGAGGAGAAGGCGAUGAGAAGCCUAAACGAAAGCCUAGGGUCAACAAGACGAGUAACGAACAGGUUCUCUGGUCGUUCUUCCCGUCGAAGAAGCCCAAUACAGCGACAACGCUAAAGAAUUCGUCCGUAACCAAUGCGGCAUCCGCUACCGCAUCCUUGCCAUCUACCUCUAGAAAAGUGGAUCUCCCUCGGCAGCCACGACCAUUCCCAGCAUCGUUUAGUGAUACCGACAAUGAUGACGACAACAGCCUUCUUAUCCUACAUCUCUCCUCCGAUGACGAAGCUCUUCCUCCCCCACGCACGCCUUCCCCCGAACCUCAAUCCAACCGAUCGAGCAAUGAUGACAGUCCUACAAACCAGGCAGAUUUGCCUAGAGCCAAGACGAGCCCUGGUUCCGCGCACUGUAGGAAGACGAUGGCGGAUGUAUGUCGACGACCAGUAAAGGCCCUAAAGCCGGACGUCAUUGAGAUCUCAUCCUCUUCAGAAGAGGAGGAUAAGGUCAAGAAGACCGUAGGGCCGCCAGUCACACAUAUCCAUCCCCUCCUUGCAGCCCGUGCGCGCGUGAGGCAUUGAGAUACGACCUCGGUCUUUAAGUAUUAUAUACUCCCUACCAUUUUCUCUGCCAUCUUUAGUUAAAUAGCAUGAAUAAACAAACCCAUACGCAUAUACAAAGAGAGAUAUUGGGACGUAUAUGUACCCAACUGCGAUUAACGACAGACCAAGGAUGAAGCAGGGAGACGACAGCGAGGAAGUGUAUACUACAGUAAUAGGCAGUGAUGAUAGAGUAGCGACUAUAAAGUAGAAAACAA